UGAUGGCGGACCGUGAGAAAGAGCACGGGUAGUGGUAAAGUGGUGUAGCACUAGUAAAUGAGUAGUAUUUCACAUAAUCUACUCGUAGUCGGGUGUCUAGUUCCCCGGAAACCCCAUUGCGGGCAGUCCCCUAAAAAAAAAAAUUCCAAAAUGCCCCGCUAAUAAAAAAUAAAAACUCACUGGUGACUCGGAAUAACCCUCGACCAUAAAGCCCCCCUCCCCGUCAUAAACUCCAUCGAGAAAAUCAACGAGCAAUGGAACCAGGAAAGUAAAGAGGGUAGUACAAUACGAACAAUGAAACAAUAUCUCAACAAAUUCCAAAAAAAACCAUCAAUGGAGGGUGUGGGUGGGUGAGGGUGGGGGGUUGGGGUGAAUAAUCAAAAUUGAGUAAUUGAUCCAUUGACAGAUUUUUGUUAUCAAAUUAUUUAUCGAAAUUUGGGUGUCAGUGAUAAUAUCCAGGGGGUAAGGUAUUUCAAUAAAAUCAGGAGGAUAAGUCAUGAUGAGCGAGUGUCCAAGUCCUGCAGACGAUUACCCGUCGACUUUGACAACGACUGUUACUAAUAAAACAACGGAUACGUCAGAUACACCAGUGACAAAGCCAGAUACGGACGUAACAAAGUCGCCCUUGGGUAAUUGUUGUAAGGAGAAUGAUAUAUUAAUGAAUAAAUCAUUGACGAGUGUUAGACACAACUAUGUCAUCAUCGAUGGUAAAAGAAUACGAAGUGCACUGGCUGGAAGGAGAAGGAGAGAUAACAGGAGAGUGAGUUUUCCUGAUGACAAGGAUCUCGUCACUGGAUAUCUAGAGCCAGCAAAUCCCUGGGUUCAUGCGGAGGAUCUUACCCGGGACAUUUUGCUAUCUUCGUACAAAGAAUCUUGUCAGCGUCAUUGCGCCGAACCUCUUAAAAAAGUCUUAGACCAGCUCGAGAAUUUAGAAAUUCGAAACGGCCGUUGCGAGGACUUCAGCCUGAAGGAAGGGGUCCUGGAGAAGAAGAACUGCGAGCCGCUGGAGGAGGUGUUCAAGAGGCUUCAAUUUCGUAAAAUAGAUCUUGAAAAAUCGGGCCUCACCGACGAGAGUGCGGAGACAAUAUUCGACAUGAUCGAGUACUACGAAUCAGCAAAACACGUUGACAUCUCGAGUAAUGGUAAUAUAGGUACACGUGGCUGGCAGGCGUGUGGACAAAUGAUAAAAAAAACCCUGUGCCUGGAGCAAUUGGACGCUAAGGGCAUUGUACUGACCCAGCAGCACAUGAAUAUUCUCAGGCGACCGUUGCAAUUAGUCUCUCAUUUGCAAAUACUCAAAGUUGAGAAUUGUCGCCUCGCGGGACAAGCUUUUGUUAUCCUAGUUGCUGCAUUGAAAUUGAAUACUGGCCUCAAGGAAUUGUACUUGGCGGAUAAUAAUCUUACACAGGCUGACGCGAUACAGCUGGGAGCUCUCCUGAGGGUCAACAAUUGUCUGCAACUUCUCGAUGUCAGUAAUAAUGACAUUAAAGAUCAAGGGGUUCAUAAUAUACUCGAUGGACUCGUCCAUCAGUCCAGGGAUGAGGGCAGUAGAGGGCUCAAGAUACUUAUACUCUGGAACAAUCACCUAUCGAAAAUUUGCUCUGGAGAUUUCGCCGAAACAAUUGCACAAUCGAAAAGUCUUGAGACACUGAACAUCGGUCACAACGGACUGAGCGAUGACUUUCUGGAUAUCUGCAAGGAAGCAUUAAAGCAUAACACAGUAUUACUUCAGCUUGGGGUUCAGGCGACUGGGCUGAUGAACAAAGGAAUAAUGGCACUGGCUGAGAUUGUCGGAAAAAAUGAGAGCCUGCAGAGGAUAGACCUCAGGGAUAAUCACAUUCAACUGACGGGCUUGACAUUCCUGUGUUUAGCUAUGAAGAAGAAUGUUAACAUCACGCAAAUUGAUCUCGACGAGAAGACGUGGAGUAAAGCGCCAUCGAUGAUGGAAACGUACUUGUCAAUAGUCUCUGAAAUCCGGAGUUACUGCGCUCGGAAUGACGAGCCAAUAUCGACGGACUCGAGUACAGAGGAAUCAGGUAGUCCCCAACACCGUAGUCGUCUGUCAAGCGUUAAUUCCCGUAAAAUAUCGCUGACCUGUCAGACACUGCCACGUUCCCCAUCAGCACCCCAAGGUGCUGGUGAUCCAAACAAUCGUACCACAAUGCUAGAGCCAAAACGUACAACUGGUGGUCGUCUGCGUUCACCAGCACCAUCACCAAUACCAUCCCCAGUAGCAAGUCCAAUUCCAAGUCCAUCGCGAAGUCGUUUCGUCGUAUCCCGUGUGUCGGAGGCAUCCCUAAGCUCAACUAAUUCCUCAGCCUCAUCAUCACCAAUAACACCACCAUCUCUAGCCUCACCCCCGUGUUUCUUUCCACCGACAAGUGGCACAUCGCGUUUUCGCGUGACAGUCGUCGAGGGUUCGAUACCACCGGUUAAAAAUAUCGUAACAGCCAGUACAAACAUCACAAUAGGCUUUAAUUACCGAGUGGAAAUGCCGGACAGAGUGGAUUCAGAUGAUUCAGACAGUGUCUUCAGAUCGUCAUCAGAUGACUCGAGAUUGGGGAGCUCUUCGAGCGCUGACAGCCUAGACGAAAGACUCCCAACACCGGAUUCUGGUGCUGUAGAUGUUGACAAGACAAUUACAACAUUACUCCCCACAACACCAGACAUUGAACCACCUGAUGUCGAGGACAAAUCACCAGUUGUCAUCGAUGAUACCGAUUCGACUGUAAAUAAAACACUAACCCUCGAGCCUAGGCCAGAGGAACCAAAGAUAAUCGAUGUACCUAAACAAUCGAGCUUGGAGAGACUUCUCGGUCUCUUUCAGAAUCCCGGAAACCUAUUUAGCGCUUUUCCUGAUAAACCGGAGGUACCUGUUAGGCACAUUCAGGACAGCAUGAUGGCACUGGGGGACAGGUUCCACCAGUACUUGAGGGAUCGACAGCCCCUACAGAGGAGUAUAUCAGACACUUCAAAGUCAUCAACAACAUCGAUGUGCGAUCCUGUCAAGUCCCUCAGUGUUGAUCAACUAUUGGGCAUCGAUAAUGAUACGAGUGAUAAUCAGGAUGUCGAUAGACGGCUGUCGGGUGUUAUCGAGGACGAUGAGCUCGAUUGUUCACAAAAUAUUGAUAAAGUGGUUAAACGUGGAGAUGAUACUAGUGUACCUGUUACUUACAAAUCCGAAUACUCGAUUAUGAUUGGGGAGUGCGGGGAGAUCGAUGGGGAUAUGAUAACUUGUGAUAAUGGUACAGAGGACAGUAUUAACAGUUGUAGAUUAAGGAACAGUACUGUAUUGAUUAUUGGAGGGGAGGAUACUGAUGUACAUAAAUUAGAGAGUGGAGGUGAUGAUUUUCGUGAUUUAGGGGAUGAUUGUUGCGUUGGGGUGAGUGAAGUACAGGGUAAUCAGGUGGAGGGUACAGGGGAUGAUAAAUGUGGGGGGAAUCAGGGGGUCGAAGGGGGGGAGGUGGAAGGAGUGGAAGGAGUGGAAGGAGUGGAAGGAGUGGAAGGAGUGGAAGGAGUGGAAGGAGUGGAAGGAGUGGAAGCAGUAGAAGGAGUGGAAGGUGGGGCAGGAAGGGAAGGAGAAGACGGCGAAAAGAUUGAGUGUCUGGAGGAAGACGUCAGAGAUGUCCUGACGUUUAUUCUCGAAUCCGUUAGUGCCAGUGAGAAUUUCAUCGAUUUCGAUGAGCCAGUGGAUGAUUUUGGUAGUUCAGGGGUUAAUGAUCAGGAGAGAGAGAGACAGGAUAAUGUUGUGCUGAAGGUGUCGAGUGUUCAGAGUAUUGGGGAGGGAUGUGGGGAGGAGGAUAAUCAGGCGUCGAGGUCACCGACGAAUCUUUUGAUUGAUAAAUCGAGGAAUGUCCAUAGGAACAGUCAGGACUCGGGAAUUGAAGAAGCUAAUGUAUCGAUUUCUGAUGAUAAUUUGGAGAAUCCACAGGCGAGGGACAGCUUUCAGGAGAGUCUUGACUCGGGAAUUGAUUCUGAAUGCUCAUCUGUGUGCAUCAGGACUGAUAAUGUGGCCUUCAAGGAUCAGGAUGACAAGUUUUAUGACAUUCCAGAGGUUGAUCAGGGCAUCGGGGGUACUAUUCUAAUUAAAGCAAGUGUUUUUGUUGAUAAUGGAGAGUCUGGGAUUGGGGAGGACGUUGGACGGGGGGCGAUCGGUGGAGAUUUGAUGGUCAUUGGGAAAAUUAAGUGCGAGGAACAGAUCAGCAACAGCACCAGUGUCGAGUGAGGAAGAGGAAGUGGAGAUUGAGGAGCAAAUGGAUACAACAAAGCCGAAGGAAAUACAACUCCGUAGGGGCUAUGAAUACCAAG